AUGGAACCAACCCCCCACACCCAAACCAACGAGCAUGGACUCGUCCAUCUCGGAGCCCAUCGUCGUAGCUCCGACAACCUCAGUCCCUUGGAGCAGGAAGUCCUGGAUGAGUAUGCGAGAUUGGCGCGGAACAUGGAGAGGCUCUCCACAACCCUCACCCACUUAACAAACCCGCCUUCAACGACAACCUCCUCCUCAUCUCCCGCUCAAUCCCCUUCAGCCAACCCCUCGGCAUCAGCACCUCCACCCCCAGCACCGGCACUAACCCUCGAAAUCGCCGAGUCCCUGCGCCUCCUCGAACGAAAGGUUGCGAGUGUCUACACGCUAUUGAAGGCUAGCGUGUAUAGUAUUGUGCUGCAGCAGGGAGAAGGAGAGGUGGAAGGAGAAGGAGAUAUAACUCAGGGGUCCGUGAGAAGAGGGGUAGGGGACAACGGGGCCAGGGAGCGGGUGGAGUGGUGA